AUGGCAGAAGCAACCCCUUCUGGCGAACCACCUGCCAAAAGAGCAAAGGUGGUCGAGCCGGAUUGGACAGCCGAGUUUGCGGAGGCAAAGGCAAAAUACAAUACUGCCGGGCAAAAAUUGGAGGAGGAAUUGGAGAAAGACCCCCAACAGCGAGACCAACAACGCAUAGAGUUCCUACAGAAGGCUAUGCAGAAUGCGCAGAAGGACAAAGAGUUGCUCCUGCAGAAGCAGUCGCAGCCAUCCGAGGCCAAGAUCACGGAGGACGUCAUCGACCAGAAGAUUAAGGGCAAGGAGUGGCGCUUGCCAGAGAACCCAGAUGUCAGUCCCCUUUUCAACAGAGAGAAAGAAUUGGAGCAGGUUCAGAGUUACAUCGCCAAUCCGUUCAAGUUUGCCAACAAGGAUGGCCUAUUUAACCUGCUGGGCACGUCUGGAAUGAAAGGCAUCGGGAAGACCCAGUUGCUAUUGAAUUCCUUGCAGGCUGUGGAGAACCUGUCGAGCACCAAGGCUGUGUAUUUCACCUUCAAUCGACAUGGUGAGCUGAAGGACAGAUUUCACGACUCGAUUGCGGCAGGGAACCGUCAUGACGAAGCGCUUGGUCAUGCAGUCCUCACUGCCUGCGACUUGCCCAAAGAGCUGGCCAUGACAUGCAAUUUCGACGAAUGCCUCGGCAUAGUUCGGAAGCUCGUGUCCGCAAGCAGCGACGAGCGACUGGUCGUUUUCAUCGAUGAGCUUGGUCUGCUUGAUGCGUAUGAAAAAGAACCAGUGGUUGUGCCACUUCUUCAAUCCUUGAUGCGGUGCAUGGACAAGCGAAAGGGCAAACUCGUUUUUGUCUUCUCGCAUCUUCUUGAAGAGAUGUUGGAGCGCGGGGCAACUGACCAGAGUGGUCGCAAGAUUGAUGGAACACCUUUGGUUGCUUUGGCCAUUGACAUCUGGAGAACGAACCCCGACUUCAGAGCAUGGGCAGAAGCGGCGCGCAAGCACGCUGGUAUUCAUCAGUUGUUGCUGUCCUGCUCUGGUCAUCCCCGUUGUCUCUUCGAGGGCUUGAAGGUGGUUGAGGACUUGUGCAAGUCGCCACCUCAGACCACAACCGCUUUCGACCGAGCUCGACAGCAAAUUAUCAACGAGUGCAAGUUCGAUGGCAUGGAAUACAAACUUGAAGAAAGCAUGCUGAUGCAAUGGUUCAGUCCGCUGAAGCAGAUGAACGAGACUGCCCUCGACCGUGCCGGCUUGCUGGUUCGUGUAAAGACAGGUCUUGGCAAGGAAACGGCAAGCUUCCUCCAUCCUCUCAUUCUGAGCUGGCGGGCACAGAAGAACAAAAAGUCCUCAUGCCUCGCUAUGCACGUUUGCCAUGCCUACGAGUUCGAUGCCGAACUUGCAGAAGGUUCAGAGAAGCGGAUGGAAGGGCUCAUGUUCCACUAUGAGGCGGUGCUUCGCGUUGCACUUGCUGGCAAACCCAUUGAGUUGAGAAAGUUCUAUGUCACUAACUACAUCGGAGACAAGUUCAAAACGCUGUCUCUGGUGGGAGCGCUCCCGACAAAUGCGGGCAGUCUGGUAGAGUUUGUGACGGACUUUAGCGACAUGGAUUUCGUCAUCGACUUGCUGAAGAAAGGCAAAAUCGUAGUCUCGCAGAAGCAGUUCGUAGAAGGCGUGGAGUAUCUCACGCCAUGGCGGCUGAAUGAUGCGGAAGGCAAGCUCGUGGUUGCCUGUGUCCAAUGCAAGUUUGUGAAAGACAAGGUCCCGUGGAGCAAGGUCAAGGAGCACAUGCGCUCUGCCGUGAAACCCCUGACGACCAAUAAGAUAAGCUUUUUCCCAGUGAUUUACGCCACGCUCGACCAAGACACCAUUCAGGAAAGCGCUUACAACGAUGGUGUCUUCCUCUUAUACGACAUAUCUUUAAAA